GUUUUCACGAGACAUACAUAACUUUACUGAAAGACUCAUUUCGUUUAUUUAUUUCGAAUUUCACUAUACUUAGACUUAACCUAAGCGUUUAAUUACUCAAUGGCGUUAAUAUCGCUUUGAUAGACCAAAACUUACAGAGGACAUUCUUCAUUUUGCCGCUGGGUUGGGGGGUAUCUGGGGAGUUUAUUGCCGCAGGCAAGUAUCAUGGCUUCCGUGUUUCUGGUGAAAGUAGAAUCACCAUCUGUAAGCAGGGUGUGAGUCUUUCAUUGACGAGGGAUGCGGAUAAGUAGAGCUUUGAUAAGUUCAUUCAUGUGUCUUGUCAAUACGGUCGCUGUGAUGGCGGUGUCUACUACCAGCAUCGACUAUGUUCAACGCAUAACAAUUUCCGUAUCGGUCGGCAGGCAUCGGAUCUUAGAGAUCAAAGCUGAGCUGUUUUCCUGGAAUACCGUAGGCUGUGGGAGAUGUAGAGUGAGACAAUACCUUGGUUGCCCUGAUCUUGCCCGAAGGGCAGUGUUUAAGCAGGGUGUACCGUGGCGUAUCAGAUGGCAGCCUUAAAAUUGUCGUCAGGGAUGAUUGUGGUGUGGAGGGGGCCUAUUAAGGCUACAAGGAUGAACAUUCAUGAGAGCUUACCCACGGCAACCGUGCCGUGGUGUUUGAAGUGAAGGAUGGGCUGUGGAUUAUGUACGGGGGGCAUUGUAUGGGGGCAAUAAACUUGUUCCACCACGCUGCACAUGGGCGUAGUGGUACUACUAAUGCCAGUUGGACACCCAUUGUGACAACGGUGUCCAGAAGCUCUGAGGUAAGAGGUGGACCUUACGUCAGUCGGUAGUGAUACCACCACAAGAAUCUAGUGAGCUGGUCAGUUUUGGUUGAGGCAAAAAGGUCCAAGGUGAGGACGUAGUUGAGAUAGUUCGUGGCCUGUAAAAAAUACGCGCGAUUCAGCAUCAACUCUUCUGUAUCCCCGCCCGGUGAAUGGGGCGGAAUGAGUGUGACAUUAUCUCUGGCGGCCACUCUGAGGGUGGUCGUGCGGCUGCGGUGGCCGAAAGUGCGGUAAUAGGCAUCGUAUGUCUGAUUAAGGUGUGUUGUAUGAUGCAUCGGCGAUCGGGAAAGUAGUAAGUGGAGCUACUGUGGGGGGUAUAGAGGGUGGUGCUACGGGAGUGAGAGGUUGCGUUGAGAUUGGGGCGACUGUGGGGUCGGGUAUCAACUGUAGGAGACCGAGUGCAUGGUGGCGGACUAGUGGGGGUUGUGGAGGCCCUGAGGCUGCGCGCUGCUGCUGGUGGUUGUGCUAAAGCUAGGAGUUGGUCGUAGUAGAGACGGUAGCCACCCUGUGUACGUGAGAGAGCCAAGUGAACUGGUGCCAUAGUGGAGGUGAUAAGUCUACAUGCUUGUUAACUGGGAAUUGGAGGGUAAAUACAGCAUCUUGGAGUUGGUUCUGGGAAACUAGUUGUUGCUGAAUACUAUCGCUCAGCGAUGUAUAUGCUUACGGUGCGAAUAUGACGUGUACUUUCGUUCGCAAGUAAUAUGAUGAAAGACCCAUGUUCCAGGUUCUUGAGGGGAUGCUACAUAGAAUAUAGUGUAGAGUAAAUACAGGGGGGCUCCGCCAUCAUUAAGUAGUUGAUAUUUUGGGUGGGUCGGAGCGGACGGGCUGAGUUUAGCAAGUUUAGGAAACACAUAAGGAAAACAAAAAGAAAGUUGGUUCUUUUGGAGCAAACUGUAUCAAUAUGGUUUAGUCUAAAGCAAACACUGCAGGAGAGACUAGUGGCUGUAUACUUGGUGCAGGCGUGACCUUUCUGGGUGCAUUUUCCACAUGCACGGGAGCAAGCAUUUGCCCUGUGGAAAUCUUCGCAUCACACAAAGCAGGGGAUCGGACCCCGGAGUGCGCGGUUGGUAGAUGUUCACAGAUGUUCAAGCUCAUCAUUGUGUUGGAGAAGUGGGGCUAGCAAGGGCUCGGUGGUAGUGGCUUUGGAUCCCUGUGAGCCUGAGAUAGAGGCAGUAACCGCGACUGUACGUGCGACAAACAGGGGCCACAGGAUUGAUCCGGUGCCACACCUCAAUCUGUUCGCACAUAUGGAUGGGUGAUACGGACAGUCUGUCGCAGUGGUUGAUGAGAUAGUGAUUCACUAUUUCCUUUUCAGCGUUUCCUGGGCCGGUAAGGAACAUCUCCUGGAUGAAGAUCGGUGAUAAGAUGGUCUUCUGGAGCUCAGCUUCACGUACGACCAGUGAUACCCGUUUAGAUCAGACUCUGAUGGUAUCAUCAUCAUUUUGCUUGAAGUUCUGAAGAAACGCUUAAGAAAAUGGUGUUGGAUUUCUCGGAGGACGUGUGUCGGUAUAUUUUGCGGAGGUACAUAGAAUAGAAGUGCCAUUAGGUGUGGUCCUAUUCAGUUCGAGAGAGGUGAGGACAAAAUCGAACAAGGAAAUGAAGCUCUAGACCCAAAACUCUAAAACCCUUUGUAAAAUCUCAGGAGGGUUUUAGGGUUUAGGGUUCUGGCCCCUAGUCUCUAGAGUCCUAGCCCCAAAAUCCGGUUUUUGGAUCUUGGUGUAUUACCAGGGAAUAAGCCAACGCAACAGCAAUGGCAAUAGUAGCCUUCUGAUGUGAGUUAUGUCCCGAGUCCUCUCUAGAAAUUGGACUGGGUCAAUAUAUUAGGAUGUUCUAAUUUCGCCUUUUCCUGAUUUCUCAUCAUCACGAUGACUGGACAAGUAAGAGUAUAGAUCAAAUCACUUUUUUAACGAGAUCUGGGGAGAUGGGGAGAUAUGAGAUGUGUACGCGCAGAUAUAUAUAUUAAAGUGUAUGCGGUGUAGUCUCUGUAGUGUACACAAAUAAACGCUCUCGACUAGACAGUCGAGUCUGCAUAUAGAGUGAUCUAGGUAUACCUUAUCGUGGAUUUAGUCUUGAUAACUCUAGCGCCUCGCAUCACAUUGCUAACUCUCAACAUAAUAAAGUAUCAUCACAAAGGCACUUGAAGUAGUGUAAUACAACUGCACGUAUAUAUAUAUAUAUAUAUAUAUAUAUAUAUAUAUAUAUAUAUAUAUUUAUACCUUUGUAAUCACAUUGUAUAUCAAAAUUCGGCAGGUCCGUACUCCGUAGUUGAAAGCUUAUUCGAUAAGUAUAGCUUAAUCAAAAAAGAAAAUCUAAUCAGUAAAUCGAUAUAGUGUAUUAAACAUACAUUCAUUCAAAUCGAUAUACGCAUGAUAUACAAUCAAUAUACGUCCGAUAUAGUGUAGUAUAUACACAUAUACUCAUUUGAACAGCCAUAGUGUAUCAAGUACACAUUCAAUCAGAAGAAAUAUAUUGUAGUAUAUAUAUAUAAGGUUGUGCUCCUUCGAGGUAGAACAGAUGUCGUCCUAUUCCAGCACCUCAUCGAUUGGGAAAUCGCCCGGGCGUCCACGACGUGGCACACACGUCAGUACCAAGGACAAGUACUGCUACUACGCUCUGCAGUCAUCAUGCACAAACUGCACAUGCGAUCCUUGCAUGUGUGCAGCCAACCGAUCAAAGGCGAGUCUCUCCGUCAACCCAAACAGCACGACACCCAACCCCGGCACAGACGCAAGCACAGGCUCAGGCUGCUGUGUGGGCUGUAACUGUGAGAACGUUGUUGUGCCGGUGGCUGUCCAAUAUAUUGGCCCUGAGGACAAUACGGCUCCAGAUAUGCGGGCAAAGAGGGUGCGGCAAGCCAUCACAGACGCCUUAGAAAACCCCCAUAGCACACGCGAUGUAAAGUGUAUUCUGGGCUUUGAAGUCAGCGCUACAGGCGACCGCGUCAGAUUUGACAUAACGCCUAUCUCGGACUGGGAAGCCUUUUUGGGACAUCUGCUGCAAGACAGUCACUGCAGUGACUACGACUUCACCCCCGCGCCAGCCAGUUCUGCCGAUGUCAAAAGGCGGACAAAAGCCAAUUUACAGCCGAUGAUAGCUGAUUCUCCACUGAGAAAUGGCAGUGUGAAUUCGGCAAAAGCCAAUUCUCAGCCCGUGAGCAAUAUGGUGGUGCAGGAUACUAUACGCGAAGAGCAGCCUGUACCAAAGACGAUCACGGAGAAGCCGACAUCCAUGAAAGACAUUCCGGCCAUUGCGGUUGAAGGAGAGAGCGCUGUCAGUAUAAAUGAAGAGGAGUGGACUGCCAUGAUAUCGAUUGAAGGGAUGACCUGUGCGUCGUGUGUGGCUAACAUCGAGGAGCUCAUGACGAAGGACAAUGCUGUGAACAGCAUAUCCGUCAAUCUGCUGGGCGAGAAGGCCACAGUAGCCUACAACCCAAGGUUGACUACAGCCGAGAACAUUGCCGAGGCUAUUGAGGACAUGGGCUACGACACCAGCGUGCUGGAUGUGCGAGGCGAAGUAAUCAAUCAGAACGCACAGGCGUCCAUCACAACAGCCACACUGAGUGUGGGGGGGAUGACAUGCGCCUCAUGUGUACACAACAUAGAGACGCACCUGAGCAAGCAGGAGGGUAUUGUGGCUGUGUCUGUGAACCUACUGACGGCUAGUGCGAAGGUGACCUUCGACCAGGAUGUGCUGGGCAUACGGGCGGUGUGGCAGUGGCGCCUGGCCGUGGGUGUUCUGUUCACGGUCCCUGUCUUUCUGAUAGCGAUGAUUUUCCCCAAGUCUAUUUUUGGCGGUGUUUUCCAGAAGGAGGUGUACAGUGAGCUGACAGUAGAGAUGGUGGUGCUGUUUGUACUGGCUACUCCUGUGCAGUUCUGGGUGGGGUGGGUGUUCUACCGAGGGGCGUACCAUGCGCUUAAGAGAGGGUCAGCUAACAUGGAUGUCUUAGUGGUACUAGGAACUACAGCUGCGUAUGGCUACUCUGUGCUGGCCUGUGUGUUGGCCAUUUUCGGGGCAUUACCUGAGACCAUGACCUUCUUCGAUGCGUCUGCGAUGAUCAUCACGUUCAUCUCUCUGGGCAAAUAUCUGGAACAUCUGACGAAAGGGAAGACCACUAUGGCCCUUACUACACUCAUUGACCUGCAGGCGAAGCAUGCCGUUCUAGUCGAAGGCUUUGACGCUGGCGACCUCACAGAGACUGAGGUGCCCAUUGAACACGUGCAACGGGGUGAUGUGCUCAAGGUCUAUCCAGGCGCAAAGGUACCGACAGACGGGGUGGUGGUGAGUGGCGUGUCGUCAGUGGAUGAAUCAUUGGUGACCGGAGAGAGCCUUCCGGUGAAUAAGGACGUUGAGGACAGUGUGGUGGGGGGCAGCAUGAACACGGUGGGGGUGCUGCAUGUCAAGGCGACCAAGGUGGGCUCGGAUACAAUGCUGUCGCGUGUAACGCGGAUGGUUGAGGAUGCCCAGACGAACAAAGCACCCAUUGAGGACCUCACAGACUACGUGGCGGGUCGCUUCGUACCCGUUGUGGUGAUCAUCGCAUUGGUGACUCUGGUCGUGUGGUUAGUCCUGGGCCACUUGGUGCUGUCGCCUGCGUCUAUGCCGCACGGGUUCACAACCUUUCUGUUGGCAUUCAACUUCUUCAUCUCAGUAUUGGUCAUUGCCUGCCCCUGCUCACUGGGUCUGGCCACUCCUACUGCCGUAAUGGUUGGCACUGGGCUGGGUGCGAAGAACGGUAUUCUCAUCAAAGGCGCGAAGGCUCUGGAAACGGCACACAGGGUA